AUGUCAAAAAAGUCAACGAUUGUAACAGAAGGAAAAGAAAAACACAAUAGUGCCUGCACACUCCACUGCUUCCCCGGCUUUCUUCUUUCUCCGUCAACUUCACUUAACAACCCGAAGAAGAUGAACCCUUUAAACCACAACCAUUCUCACACACCAUCACCAUUCUUCCUUCAAAGCAUGUCUACUGCAAGAGCUCACGUGUUGGCAUACCCCUUCCCUUCUUCCGGUCACGCGAUCCCCCUCUUGGACUUCGCCAAGGCUCUUGUCUCUCGUGGCGUCCAAGUCACCGUUCUCGUCACCCCAAGAAACCUACCCUUGGUCCCGACCAACUUUUCUCCUCUGCUGCAAACCCUUCUCCUUCCCGCACCUCAGUUUUCAAACCCCAACCUCAACAUGCUCGUCACCAUUAUCACCUUCAUGCGCCACCAUCACCACCCGUUAAUCGUGGACUGGGCCCAGGCCCAAUCCACUCCCCCUUCCGCCGUCAUCUCCGAUUUCUUCCUCGGCUGGACUCAUCUCCUCGCACGUGAUCUCCACGUUCCGCGCCUCGUUUUCUCCCCCUCUGGUGCCGCCGCGCUCUCCCUCCACCAAUCCCUCUGGCGCGACGUCCCGCAAAACGACAACCCACGAGACUCAAACUCCGUCGCUUCGUUCCCCAACCUUCCUAACUCCCCGGUUUACCCCUGGUGGCAGAUCUCGCACCUGUUCACGGGCACCCGAAGAGGAAGACCUGAAUGGGAGUUUUUUCGAGAAAACACGCUCUUCAACAUCGACUCCUGGGGCGUCGUUAUCAACACUUGCACCGAGUUGGAACAAGUUCACAUCGACCACGUGAAGAAAGAACUCGGACACAAAAGAGUCUGGGCGGUGGGCCCGGUUCUACGGAUUCAUAACAGUUCGACCGAACCAGAAGAGCAUGGCGGGACCAGCUCCGUUUCGCGACAUGACAUCGUUGACUGGCUGGACUCGCGCGAGGAAUGUUCGGUUGUUUACGUAUGUUUUGGGAGCCGUACGUUUCUGUCGGGUUCGCAAAUGAAGGUGUUAACGCGUGCUUUGGAACUCAGUGGGGUGAACUUUGUUUUGUCAAUUGGGGUUCCAGACGCGCGACACUUGGCGCAGGAGCAGGGUAAGGUGCCGUCUGGGUUUAUGGAUGGGGUGGGGGUGCGAGAGAGGGGCUUUUUGAUACAGGGGUGGGCCCCGCAGUUGGUCAUACUGAGUCACCGCGCGGUGGGGGCGUUUUUGACUCACUGUGGAUGGAACUCGGUAUUGGAAGGGUUGGUUUCAGGGGUGGUGAUGGUGACGUGGCCGAUGGGUGCGGAUCAGUACUCGAACGCGAGGCUCUUGGUGGAUGAGUUGGGUGUGGGGAUUCGUGGUGCUGAAGGUGAGAAGGUUCCAGAAGCUUGGGAGCUGGGGAAGAGGAUUGAAAAGGGUUUGGGUAGAACAAAGGAGAGGGUGAGGGCUGAAGAGUUGAGGGACGCGGCGCUGCGUGCGGUUGGGAAUGAUGGAAGCUCGCAGAGGGAGUUGGAUGCGAUGGUUAAGCUUCUGAACGAAGUUCACCUUGAGAAAACCACCACUUGA